GCGCUCGUAAUGCACGGUGUCAGUAUACGUCUCAGUUGUGUUCCUAUAUAGAUACGCAUAGCUUCGUGUGUCAUCACCAUUAUUCUUAUACAGAAGAUUGUGUUAAAAAUAUGAAAUGGCAGACCAAAACUCUAACAAUUCUAACAAACAGGAUUUUGUGCUGCAUAUUCUCGUCACGUUUACCGAUGGUACCUUUGGAAUUUCGACAGGCAAAUCAUUCUUUAAACCAAAGUUGCCACAAAAAUCAGACAUUGAAGACUGGUUGGUUCUGCUUAAAUCUUGGUUGAAUUCGAAAAAAGCCGUAGCCGUACGGUGGCCUGCUGGUGUUGACGUUUACACUUCUUGGAAUUUGUUCGACUAUGAAGGACCAGCAGAUUGUAAUAAGAGCAAACAAAGUCUUCACAAUGGUAGUAUUCUGAAGUCUGAGACAAUCUUGUUCUAUUCAGAAAGUAUAGAUGAGAUCAGGAAAGAACGGGGCAAGCUAAUCUUGCAAGGAAAUGAAAGCAAAUAUCUAAAAAGCACAGAUGGAAAACAGAAGUUUCUCCACCAAACUACGUGACACCAGAAAAUAAAAGUGAACAAAAAAAAAACAGCUAAACUUGGAAAAAACUCGUGGGAAGGCUGUUGGAAGUACACGUAAUGCAAAGAAGAAAUCAGUUAUGAAUAAAUCAAUGACUCCUCCUGUGAGUGAGAGUGACGAGCAGCAAGAAAAACCCAAAUCUGCAGAUUCACUUGGAAAGAGAAAUCAAAUUGUGUCAGAAUCAAACAUCAUUGAAGAAAAAGCAACGAGUUGCAUGCAACGUAGUCUUGCUCACUCUGUGCAUGAUGAUAAUUUAUUGUCAUCUCCACUGAAAUCCCUCGAAGCUGCUGAGUUAAACGCUAACGAUAGUGUUAUUUGUGAUUCCACAACAAUUUCGUCUCACAAUUCAGAAGCAAAGUUAUCCGAAUAUGAAAAAAAAUAGAAAUAUUGCAGAGAGAAAAUCAAUCGCAAAAAGAAAAGAUUUCUAUCAAUGAAAUGGAUCUAGAAAUUUACUACAACCAGCUCGCCUCAAAAGAGUUACAAAUUCUGGAGCUGAACGAAAAGAUUGUUGAAUUGGAAAAUGAACAGCCAAUGGUGCUUAUCAAAGAGAUAAAAGAUGUCCUGGCCGAAAUGAAUACAUUAGUUCACAAUAUUCGUGCCCAUCCAAUUCAAGGACAGCACCUUCGUCUUCAGGAUUCAUCAGCAUCAGCUGGAAAUAAUGCGUUGACUUCAGCAAAGUCUAACAAUGCUGGCCUUCAUACUGGCACUCGCAUGAAAAGACUAUGGGGAGAUUUGAUGGUCAGCGAAUCUUGUAUCCGAAAAAUCGCUAUUGCUCUGAAAACCGAUCAAAUGACUUAUACGUGUCGUAACCGUAUUGCAGCCCUGAUUCUCGAUGACCUAUACACCAUCGAAGAAUUGGCUAACAUGUCAUUAUCUGGACGGAAGUGUCUAGGGAAAGACCGGGUGGCGAAACCAAAAUUACCACCGGAAAUUAUCUCAGCAAUUCACAACUACAUGCAAAAAAUAUGGGAUGAGACUUUUACUACCAGGUGAAAAAAACAACGUAAAAUGUGUAGCCCUCUUAUCAGAAAAAAAUAUCAAUGUGGCGAUUGGUGCAAGAUUGAUUGGCUGCCAUAAUUUAAUGAAAAUUAGCCCCAAAAAAACGAAUAAUCAGCAAUCGAAUACGGCUUCUGGAGAAAUGAGUCCGGAUUCUGACCAGGAGCAAGAUAUGAAUCUUGAUUAAAUUUACCUUUGUGUAAAUCGCUCUAAUUUUUGGUUCAACAAUGGUUUUCAUUGUUGUUAUUCUGUUUUGUAUCUUGCAAUACAAAAAUUUAUUAAUCCGGAAA